AUUCAAAAUGUAAAUUUUAUCAAACGACAGUUAGUACAACGUUUGCUCUAUUUCUAGCACUCGAACUCAAAAUCUCUCUUAUAAAAGGGGUGAAGGAAUCCAAACUAUCCGACGACAUGCACAUACACAUUGGUGGUCCAUUUCACCUAAUUUACUUGAUUUAAUUAGUAUAAAUAUACAACUCCUAGCUACCAAAACAAAACACACCACACCACACCAAAAAGAAACACAAACUUUCAUCUCUCACUAUAUUUCAAUAUUUCAAUAUGGGAACCUUAUACCAACCCAUUGAAUCAACAAUCCAAGACCUAAAAGUCACAAUCCAUGACACCAACAUAGUCUUCCCUUGUCAAGAAACUCAAAAAAGACCUAUGUUCUUAUCAAAUAUUGAUCAAGUCCUCAAUUUUGAUGUCCAAACACUACAUUUUUUCAACGCAAAUCCUGAAUUCCCACCAGAAAUUGUUAAUGAAAGACUCCGAAUCGCGCUAUCUAGAGUCUUAGUCACUUAUGAUUUUUUGGCUGGGAGAAUUAAGAUGAAUCAAGAAUCAAAAAGAUUGGAAUUUGAUUGUAAUGGUGCAGGUGCUGUAUUUAUGGUAGCUUCAAGUGAAUUAACAUUAAAGGAAAUUGGUGAUUUAGUUUACCCUAAUCCUGCUUUUAGACAAUUAAUUGUUCAUGAGAAUAUUGAUCACUUGGAAAAAGACGAUAUACCAGUUUGCAUUCUCCAGGUAUCAAUAUAAUUUAUGAUAACUCGUACUUUAAUUAUUAUAGUAUUAUAUUUCCUCGUGUCCA